AUGUAAUUCAUAUUAUAAUCUCCAACCCAAAAAGUCAUAGAACAAAUAAUUCGAGAUCAUAAUUCAGACUUAUUUAAGUUGAUAAUUGACAAUUCAUUUAUGAAUUAUUGCAGAAAUGCACAUCCAAUUGCUAUAGAGUUUAUAUGUAAAAACGUAGAUUAGUUGUUAAAUAUUUUAUUUGCUGAUUAUAAUUUAAUUCCAAAAGAAUAAUUAUAAUAGUACAGUGAAUAAAUCAAUAAUAUUUGGGAGAUUAUCGAAUUGAAUUUAGAACCUAUUCUAAAAUAAAUAGAAAUUCAUUGGUAAAUCAUUUUUGAAUUACGUUGGAAAUAAUUCGUCCCUGAUAUCUAAUGGGGUCUAGCUUACAAAUUAUUAAAUCUCGUAAAAGAAAGAGACAAUUCAAUUCUCGAAGACUUAUUAAAAUCAUAAGACUUUUUAAUUUCCUUUUUACCAUUUCUAAACAUUCAUAGUGUAUCCUAAAUGUUGAUAGCUUUUUUUGAAAUUGGAUUCCACUAAUCGUAAAUUGAUUUUUUGAGGGAAGGAUUAAAGUUUUUCCAAAAAUAAGAUGUUUUUAGCAUAAUAAAUUAUACAUACAUUGUACAUGAAAUUAUGACAAGAAUUCUAAUAGAUUAAUAAAUGGAAUACAUCUUAAGAGGAGAAUUCCUCAAAACAACAUUUGAAGUUGUAGUUUAGGAAAAUUAUGAUCCAAUAAUAUAAAAAAAUGCAGCUCAUAUAAUUUCAUUAAUCUCAAAUUAUUACACAAUGGAUAUGUAAAAUAUCAAUGUUGAAGAUCCAGAUUGCUAGGAUAUAAUAAGUCAAUUUAAGCAAACCCCUUUUUUUGCCAAUUUUGAUGUCUCGAAAAUUGGCUAAAUAUUCCAGAAAGCAGUUUCAAAGAAUAUUAAAGUCGGAUUAUUUAUCAUAAAACUUGUUGAAGUACGAGAAAGACUAUUAUUAGAUAAUAGAUAAUUUAGUUCGAAUUACGGAUUUGUAAAUAUGGGAUUAAAUAGCUGA